AUUUAAGCAGAUAUUCACUCCCUUCUCAUUCUCAACCUCUUCUUCCUCGACAGAUUAUUAUUCCCACACAGAGAGAGAGAGAGAGAGAGAGAGAGAGAGAGAGAGAGAGAGAGAGAGAGAGAGAGAGAGAGAGAGAGAGAGAGAGAUGGAAGAGACAAACUCCAGAUUCAAAAGGAUUUGUGUGUUCUGUGGGAGCAGUUCAGGGAAGAAAGCCAGUUAUCAAGAAGCUGCUGUUGAACUUGGGAAGGAGCUGGUAGAGAGAAGGAUUGAUUUGGUCUAUGGAGGUGGGAGCGUUGGAUUGAUGGGUAUUGUUUCUCAGGCGGUUCAUGAUGGUGGGCGCCACGUUCUAGGAGUCAUUCCAAGGAGUCUGAUGCCUAGAGAGAUAACUGGGGAAACAGUCGGAGAAGUGAGAGCUGUAUCUGAUAUGCACCAGCGGAAAGCUGAAAUGGCUCGUCAAGCCGAUGCCUUUAUUGCCCUCCCUGGUACGAAUCCGGUCCUGAAAUCAGAUCAGUUUCAGUCAAUUUGGAUUUUGUUUUCUCUUUAUCUUCGUGCAUCGAUCUUCUGGUCCUGUAUGUGUGUGUGUAUAUAUAUAUAUAUAUGUCUUUGUGUGAUAUCAGGCGGAUACGGCACUAUGGAAGAACUGCUGGAAGUCAUUACGUGGGCUCAACUUGGAAUUCACCGCAAACCCGUGGGGCUCUUGAAUGUUGACGGGUUCUACAAUUCCCUAUUGUCUUUCAUUGAUAAGGCCGUUGAUGAAGGCUUUAUCGCACCAAUCGCCCGUCGCAUUAUCAUGUCUGCACCAACUGCCAAACAGUUGUUCAGACAUCUUGAGGAAUAUGUUCCGGAGUACGAUGAGAUAACAUCCAAGCUGGUUUGGGAAGAGGUGGAAAGACUGAAUUAUGCACCUGAAUCGGGGGUUGCUACGUGAUUAUGACUGUUGACGACGUUGCAUAAAUCAUACAAGACGUACAAGACCUUUUGAGUAUGCAAGCUGCUUAGUAUACAGUGAUAUGGUUUUCGACCAUACAAUACCUAACGCACAAAACUUUUUGGGGUUUCUUUAAAUUCUCUUCUUUUUUUUUGGAACUGGGCCAGCAUGAGUAGCACAUGCAUGCAGCGUCUUAGUUUCUCAUAUAUACGUGUCUGAAUUAAGGCAAAAAGAAAAAUAGUAUUGUAACUCUCUUCAAUUUGUGAAACUAUCUAUAUACAUGGAAGAAUCAAAUUAAGGCUUUUUUGCUUCCCA